UCAGUUUAUAAAACAGAAGGCGGAUCUUUUAUUUUUUCCCCUCUGCUGCUCGGAGGAGUGUUGGUUGGUGGAAGUGUUUCAGCGUACACGGCGAGCAAGGCUGCAUGAGGUCGUUUUGUACCGCUGCGAGGAGGCUGGUGGUGCUUUAAGGCUGGAACCCGCCUCACUCGCUCGCUCGCUGCAGCUGCUGCUCCUGCGCCUCUCUCUCCGACCUAUAUAAGCGCGUUUGCUCGCUCUGCCAGACGUUGCUGGCUCGAGUUUCUUCACCUCCUCCUAGUCGGCGGCGGCGGCGGCGGCGGCGGCGGCGGCGGAACAUGGCGGCUCUGUGCAACAUAUUGCUGAGGGCGAAGCGCAGAUGGUGCAUCCUCAGCCUGGCGGGAUGGAGGCGGCAGCAGCAGAGCUGUGGCUGCCUUCUCUCCACCAGUGCCCUGCGACGCACAGAGUUCUAUGAUGACCCAGUAGCUGCUGUGCAGGACAUACCAGACGGAGCCACGCUGCUGGUCGGAGGGUUUGGGCUGUGUGGCAUCCCGGAGAACCUCAUCGGGGCGCUGCUGAAGACAGGCGUUAAGGGCAUCACUGCCGUCAGCAACAAUGCGGGGGUGGACAACUUUGGUCUGGGACUCCUGCUCCACACCAAGCAGAUCAAGCGCAUGGUGUCCUCGUACGUGGGCGAGAACGCGGAGUUUGAGCGGCAGUACCUCGCCGGGGAGCUGGAGGUGGAGCUAACGCCACAGGGAACGCUAGCGGAGAGGAUCCGCGCCGGGGGUGCCGGCAUCCCUGCCUUCUUCACGGCCACCGCCUGCGGCACGCUGAUCGAGGAGGGCGGCGCCCCAAUCAAGUACAACCGGGACGGCAGCAUCGCCAUCGGCAGCGAGCCCAGAGAGGUGCGAGAGUUUAAUGGCCGUCACUACAUCAUGGAGCGGGGAAUCACGGGAGACUUUGCCCUCAUCAAGGCGUGGAGAGCGGAUCGAGCCGGGAACGUGGUAUUCAGGAAAACUGCGCGUAACUUCAACCAGACGAUGUGCAAAGCUGCUAAAGUCACCCUGGUGGAGGUGGAGGAGAUCGUGGAGACGGGCUCGUUUGCCCCCGAGGACGUGCACAUCCCCAGCAUAUACGUGCAGAGAGUGGUGAAGGGCCGGCACUAUGAGAAGCGGAUCGAGAGGCUGACACUGAGGAAGCCGGGAGAUGACCAGCCCAAAGCCACCACAGAGGCCGACAUCAUCAAGGAGCGCAUCAUCCGCCGGGCGGCGCUGGAGUUCGAGGACGGAAUGUACGCAAAUCUGGGCAUCGGGAUGCCAAUGCUGGCCAGCAACUUCAUCCGGCCCGACAUCACAGUCCAUCUGCAGAGUGAGAACGGAGUGCUGGGCCUGGGCCCCUACCCUCUGGAGGGAGAGGAGGACGCUGAUCUCAUUAAUGCAGGUAAAGAAACGGUGACGGUCCUGCCCGGGGCAUCCUUCUUCUCCAGCGAUGAAUCCUUUGCCAUGAUCCGAGGGGGCCACGUCGACAUGACCAUGCUCGGAGGCAUGCAGGUCUCCCAGUUCGGCGAUCUGGCCAAUUGGAUGAUUCCGGGGAAGAUGGUGAAAGGGAUGGGCGGUGCCAUGGACCUGGUGGCCAGCGCAGACACCAAAGUGGUGGUCGCCAUGGAGCACACGGUCAAGGGCGUUCACAAGAUCCUGGAGAAAUGUACGUUACCCCUCACCGGGAAACGGUGUGUCAACCGCAUCAUCACAGAUAAGGCGGUCUUCGACGUGUGCAAAGACAAGGGCCUGACGCUGAUCGAGGUGUUUGAAGGCGUGACAGUGGACGAGGUGCAGAAGAGUACUGGGUGUAAUUUCACAGUGAGUAUCUGUGGCUGAGACCAGGCAGUGUCACUAAUGAAUGGA